CGUCAUUAGACAGGAGGCGUGGCUUGAAUCCUCCUUUUCAACCUUGUCCCGGCUACGGCCUUCCAGGCGCCUUCAGCUUUGCCGGUUUAAGUAAGACGCUGCAAAGUUCUCCGGGCCCCGUCACGGCCUCCGCCUCCUUGUGGUCAGACACCGAACUCCAGCCGCCCUCACAAUGUCUCUCAUCACCGCCGGACGCCUGUGCGCUCGUAUUCUCGGGGCUAAGAACUCCCCUUGUGUGCUGAUCGCGGCUCGCCAUGCCAGCUCCUCCACGAACCUAAAAGAUGUCCUGUCAGACCUCAUUCCCAAAGAACAGGCAAGAAUCAAGAACUUUAAACAACAGCAUGGGAAGACUGUUAUUGGCCAAAUCACCGUUGAUAUGGUAUAUGGAGGCAUGAGGGGCAUGAAAGGAUUAGUCUAUGAAACAUCUGUGCUUGAUCCUGAUGAGGGCAUCCGCUUCCGUGGUUACAGCAUCCCUGAAUGCCAGAAGCUGCUGCCCAAGGCACCAGGAGGUGAAGAGCCACUACCUGAAGGACUUUUCUGGCUCUUGGUCACAGGGGAGGUUCCCUCACAAGAACAGGUUAACUGGCUUUCUAAAGAGUGGGCAAAGCGAGCUGCUCUACCUUCCCACGUUGUAACAAUGCUUGACAACUUUCCCACCAAUCUGCAUCCCAUGUCUCAGUUCAGUGCAGCAAUCACGGCCCUAAACAGCGAGAGCAACUUUGCUCGGGCUUAUGCUGAAGGCGUUAACAAGACCAAGUACUGGGAGUUGAUCUAUGAAGACUCCAUGGAUCUGAUUGCAAAACUCCCAUGCGUUGCAGCAAAGAUCUACCGUAACCUUUACCGUGAGGGAAGCAGUAUUGGAGCCAUAGAUUCUAACUUGGACUGGUCCUACAAUUUCAGCAACAUGCUGGGAUACACCGAUGCCCAGUUCACAGAGCUCAUGAGACUCUAUCUCACCAUCCACAGUGACCAUGAAGGCGGAAAUGUAAGUGCACACACCAGUCAUCUGGUUGGCAGUGCCCUCUCUGACCCUUACCUAUCUUUUGCUGCUGCCAUGAAUGGACUUGCUGGUCCUCUCCACGGAUUGGCCAAUCAGGAGGUGCUAGUCUGGUUAACAAGUCUGCAGAAGGAUUUGGGUGGAGAAGUAUCAGAUGAGCAGCUCAGAGACUACAUCUGGAACACACUGAAUUCUGGCAGGGUGGUACCUGGGUACGGCCAUGCUGUCCUCAGAAAGACUGAUCCUCGCUACACAUGUCAAAGAGAAUUUGCCCUAAAGCAUCUUCCCAACGAUCCUAUGUUCAAGCUGGUGGCUCAGCUCUACAAGAUUGUACCCAAUGUAUUACUUGAGCAAGGAAAAGCCCAGAACCCCUGGCCCAAUGUAGAUGCUCAUAGUGGUGUCCUCUUACAGUAUUAUGGCAUGAAGGAGAUGAAUUACUAUACAGUCCUCUUUGGUGUGUCAAGAGCAUUGGGAGUCCUUUCUCAGCUUAUCUGGAGCCGUGCACUUGGGUUCCCUCUGGAGAGGCCUAAAUCCAUGAGCACAGAUGGCCUCAUGCAGCUAGUCAAAGCAAAAUCUGGUUAAAUAAAAACGGAACGCCGAAGGCUUCACUCAUUCUGGGUGAAGGGCCAAGUAAAAGACAGUACACCUUUCGUUUCAACAGACUGCUUUGCACCCCAUUGUCUUCUGAGCGCUGACAAGAAAACACUUUUUUGGUUAUUUAUGCUGAAAUAUGUUCUGUUCACAACAUAUCCUGUUCAUCUACCUUCCCUGCUGGAGCGCUUCAGUUCUCCACCAGGAAAGGGUUCAUGUGCUGCCGAUAGGGAUCAGACUUGUUGUUCACUGGUUACCUAUAACCUUCCUUUUACUUAUUUAUAAACCAGCCUGCAAGACUUGCUGUACACCUUUGUCUGCUCCAGCUAUACUGCGGCAAAAAAAAAGCUGUGACUUUUGCAAUUGCUCUAGCAAAGGGUCAUAUCUUUAUAGAAGAUUUUUGGUAAACACUAUAUAUAUGUUAGUGUUGCAUUCUAAAAUUUACAUGGUUCUUCUGUUAAAGGGGUUAUGCAAUGGCCUGAUUUUGAACCCCACGAUCAGCUGUUGGCGCUCAUGCAAGCACUGCUUCUUUUUCAAAAGGAGACGACGCGCAGGUAAACUACAAUUGAGCCAUCCCUAUCAAAUGAGUGGGCCGAAAAGUUGUAAGUACCCUGCGCUGCCGCUGUAACAGAACAGCGCACAGGUAAUUUUGAGGAAGCAGCGCUCGCACCAGCACAGCUAACCCUUCAAGCAGCUGAUCGGCGGAGGUGCAGGGAGUUGGGCCCCUGCUGAUCUGACUAGAUCACCAUCAUUAUUAAGACGCUGCACAACCUCUUUAUCCAUGAAACCUUUUCUCAUGGGGCUUGGGGGGAAAAACCCAAAAGCUUGAUAGUGCUGUCACACUAGUGGUGUGGUCAGUUGUGAAGCUAUCCGUUCCUUGCAUGUCUGAUACAUGUAUGGGCGACACAUUUGUCCUGGAAAAUGGACUCUCUGCCUGGCUGCUUUUCUAGGAUUUUUUUAUGGUUGUUUUUAUAUCGGAGAAUGUUCCCUUCUGAGUUCACAGAGAACCAAGAACGGUCUCGCAGCAGUGCUUCCUGUGAUGAUGUGCAGCUUUUAUUCCUGGUUCUGGUCAUAUCUUAAGUGAAGCUUUUAUUUUUCAGAUUUUUAUGUCUAGAUUCCUGCCAUCCCCUGGUUAUCUGUCAUGAAUGUAUGAACAAUUAUUUUUAUUUUUUUCUUGUGUGUGAUAAAAAGGUAAAGCCACUGUGAUGGAGACGGUUCAGGUGUUUAAAACGUAUGUUUCUUCUUAAAAGCUGCUUUUUAGCCUGUUUCCUUUCCUGUUUCCUCCAGCAGUGUGUAGUGAGCAAUAUCUAACCACGGUUUGAGAUUGCACAAGCUGCUGAAUUAUUUUUUUGGUAAACCGCUUCUAUACCAUAUUUUUGGCUAUAUUUGGAAGCUAUAAGAAAGCAGAAACCGUAAAUAAAACGGAUUAAACCAAUACAAUAGUCAUUUGGCCCUAUUUGGCAUUACUUAAGCUGCUACCAUCUCUUUCAAGUAAUUGCUCCCAACUUGGUAAAACUAGUCUGGUAAAGCUAACUUCCUCGGCAGUACUGGAAAUCGCCCAUUAGCCUCUAGAAAGAAAGGGAAUCCUAUAUAAUACACUCCUACACCUCUAACUGUGUGACAUACUUGCCCCCUCUUGUCUGUGCAGGCAGAACAUGCCAGCAAACGCUGUGCAAAUUACAGAUGGAUGUUCAGAUUCACAAUAGACUUAAGGUUGUUCUGUAUAAAUGCAAAAUAAAUGUUUUUAUUAACUA